CGUCGCUUCCGGUCACGUGGCCAGAACCUUUUCAGUUGGCGCGGAAAGUUCACGUUUGUUGAUGAACUGUCACUGUUACUCAGAAAUGGGGAACCCUUUGAUAUGAAGUUAGUUUUCUUCUGGAAAUUAUUUAUGUAGACUAUUUAACAGUCCAAGACCUGUGUGGAGAAGAGUCUCGAAUCUGCUGCGUUUGAAUGAAAUUGCCAUUUUUGUCCCUCCGGGUGUGAAUUAUGAGUCCACAGAAGCGCACAGUGGAGUCAGGAGCUUUAGAAGUGCGGUUUGUGGGAGAUAAUGAUGUCCUGGAUCACAUUGUGGAGAAACAUGAAGGGUCAAAAGCCCCACAGAGUUCAAUCCAAACUCUUGUAAGCCUGAAGAGCCGUAGAAAGCCAUCUGCAGGCACUGCUGAAGAGGAAGAGGAUGAGGACGGUGUUUUUAACGAGCAAAACUAUAUUGAGGCUCUUGGUGCUGCCACACAAGAUGGAGAUGAAGAUGGAUCAGCCACUGCAGGAGCCUCUGUGUUCACUUUCCAGACUAUUAAACGUGCCAAUAAAAUGGCACAAGUGGCAUCGGAGUGGGCACGCACUCCUGGAAAAAGUGUUACAUUUAGCACUCCCGAUAGUCCAGAGGAGCCACCGAGCCCCGCCCGUGCUUCCAAGAAGUUGGUGACUCAAAACAAAACUCCUCAAAAGGGGAAGAAAGUACAGUUUGUUUCCACGACCCCGCACCGACUGAGAAAGAGAAUAUCAGCUCCUAAUCUGAAGUCAGACAGUGACAGUGAUUUCUCCCCCUCAAACUCUGAGGAGGAAGAGGAGGAUGAACGUGAAGAUGAGGAGGAAAAAGGAGAAAAGAGUGAAGCUCAGCCGAAAACCCCCAGCAAAACGUCUACAGCAGCUGCUGCGCUUUACAAGACGCCUGCCAAGAAGAGCAAGAAAGCCCCAGAGCCCAGCCUGGUCGAGGAGUACUUUGAAGCUCACAGCAGCUCGAAGGUUCUCACAUCGGACCGAACCCUCCAAAAGCUCCAGACCCCAAAACUGGAUCGGGAAACUCUGCUGCGGUUGCUUGAUGGAAAGCCCUCCUGUUAUACAGAUGAGAUCACUCAGCUGAAUAAAAAACACGCGAAGAAUUUCAGCAAAUGGAUGCUGCAGUUACAGAUGGGCUUCAACAUACUGCUGUAUGGCUUGGGCUCGAAGAAGCUUUUACUGGAGAAGUUCCGCACUACCAUGCUGUCUGAUUCAAUGCACCUGGUGGUCAACGGCUUUUUCCCAAGCAUCACACUCAAAUCGAUCUUAAAUGCCAUCACCAGUGAGAUCCUGGAGCAUGAUGGGAGUUUUCGUACUCCGAUGGACCAAAUAGACUUCAUUGUGAAAACCCUUAAAAAAGACCCAGACAACCACAUCUACCUGAUCAUCCACAACAUUGAUGGCCCCAUGCUGCGUGGUGAGAAGAACCAGCAGGCCCUGGGGCAGCUGGCCUCUAUUCCCAACAUGCACAUGCUCGCCUCCAUAGAUCACAUCAACGCCCCUCUUGUGUGGGACCACUCGAAGAUGUGUGUGUUUAACUGGCUGUGGUACGAGACGACUACCUUCCUGCCGUACACAGAAGAGACGUCAUACGAGAACUCUCUCCUGGUGCAGCAGACAGGAGCGCUGGCUCUUAGCUCGCUCACACACGUCCUGCGCAGUCUCACACCAAACGCCAGAGGGAUCUUCAGAUUACUGGCUGAAUUCCAGCUGGAGAACAAAGACAAUCCUUCAUAUACAGGUUUGUCUUUUCAAGAUUUUUACCAGCGUUGUCGUGAGGCCUUCCUGGUGAACAGUGACAUCACGCUGAGGACUCAGCUGACAGAGUUCAGGGAUCACAAGCUGAUCCGCACCAAGAAGGGAGCUGAUGGAAUAGAGUACCUUCUGAUCCCCGUGGAUGCGGGAACUCUCACAGACUUCCUAGAGAAAGAGGAUGUUGAGUAAUCAGGGCAGAAGGAAAAGACAACGAGUACUGUUUUGAUGACUGGCCGCCUGUCUUUGGACACUGUUUACUGCACCUGUCUGUUCUGAUUACUGUGGAUAGACAGCAAUAAGCUGGCACAGAUCGCCAAACUGCAAGCUGUGUAGUUCAGUAGGACAAAACUAGAUGUGAUUCAGACUUCAUGCACUGUAGAAGUCCAACUGAAAUGAGUCUACGCUUAAAGUAUUGAAACUUAAAUCAUAGACACUUUUUGUAAACAGUAUGUAUUAUGUACAAACAAGAAAUAAAUAUGAUGCAUUGCAAUUUA